GUGCAUUCUGGUUUGUAAGAGGUUGCUUCCAUAGGCGAAAUAGUAGCAUCGUUUAGCUUCACACAUGUCGUUUUAAGGUUAUGUAAUGGAGUUGUGUCUCAUUAAUAAUAAAGUCUGCAUUUACUCUCGAAAAGAUUGGGAGAAUUUACGACGUAACUAUCGAAUAAUUGGCGCACAUUUGGGUGCUUCGCAAGCGACUCCGUCCUUACCGAUUGCUUUGCUACCAGAGGAAGCUUUACUAUUACUUAAAAGGAACAUAAUAAAAGUUGCCGUUUAUCCCAACCUGCAGAAGCCUCCCACACAGGCAGAUUGCCAUAAAUAUAACAGCACGAAGGUGCAACUUUUGGAAGCGGAGCAGUGCAUUUACAAGAAACAGCGUACAAAAGACCUUAAACAAAUCAUUGACAAAAUUGUCGAGGCUAAAAAGAAGAAAGGUGUGCAUGUCUCAAAUGAAACCGUCUUGGAAGAGGAGCUCAGUAAACAAACUGUUACUGUCGACACAAUGAUAUGGCCGAUGCUAACGGAGGCUCCCGAUUCAUUUAAAGAGCCAAGAACAUUGUCACCUCUCGCCGAAAUACUACAGGAAACAACUUUAACUAAAGCGGCAGUGUUUGAAGAUUUGUGGAGUAGAGGGUACUAUAUUACAUGCGGGCGAAAAUUCGGUGGGGAUUUUUUAGUUUAUAGGGGCGAUCCAACUGCAUUUCACGCAGUGUAUAUAAUUCGCUGUGUGCAAGAUGUCACUAAAGAUGUGCAUCUCAGCCAAUUAAUUGCUUUUGGUAGAUUAGGAACGUCGGUAAAAAAAAAAGCUGUACUCGCUUCUUUGUGUAGCAAUACUAUCAAUUAUGUAACAAUAAACUGGUUUGAUGCGUAAUUUUA